UGCAAAUCAAAGACUCUUUUUCUUGAUCGUUUUGUCGCUUUGUGCAAGCAACUGCUUUCUACUCUCUUUCUUUCUAAACUGCUUUCUUCUUGAAGGAGAACCCCAUUCAUCUCAAAUAUCAGAUUCUCUUUCUUCUAUAUCUAAAUACUCACAGACAUAAUUAUAGCUCUGGUGCAUUCAGAGAAAGAGAGAGCUAUGGAGUGCAUUGAGUUCUUUCAAGUUUUCAUCACGUGCUUCAGAUCAUUAACAUCUUCUUCUUCUCCUAGUUCUUCAUCUUCUUCUGCUGCUGCUGCUGAUACUGAUAUCCCCCCUCUUCAAGAUUCUAGUUCUUCUGUUGGUGCUGCUGAUACUGCUAUCCUCCCUCUUAAAGAAAGGUACGAUGUGUUUCUUAGCUUCAGAGGUGAGGACACCCGCCUUGGUUUUACCAGCCAUCUUCACAAGGCUUUACUUGGGAAGAAAAUUGAGACCUACAUAGAUUACAGGCUUGUGAGAGGAGAUGAAAUUGCGCCUGCCCUCCUCGAAGCAAUCGCGAGAUCUACGAUUUCGGUAAUCAUUUUCUCAAAAAACUAUGCUUCUUCCACAUGGUGUUUAAAAGAACUUGUGCAUAUACUUGGAUGCAAGAAAAGAUAUGGACAAAUUGUUAUACCCAUUUUUUAUGGCAUAGAUCCAUCAGAUCUACGAAAUCAGCAGGGAACUUGUGCACUUGCACUUGAUGAACUUGAAAAACGUUUCAAGGGCAGUAGGGAUGAGGUGGCCAACUGGAAGGCUGGUUUGAAGGAAGCAUCCUAUAUUUCUGGGUUUCAUUAUUCAAGUAAAACAGGGAGGACAGAGGCCAAUUUUGUUGAGGAAGUUGUUCAAGAUGUUUUGACCAAAUUGAAUAGCGAAUCGUCAGGGGAUUUAAAGGAUCUGGUUGGAAUUGAAAAGAAAAUUGAGAAAAUUGAGUCGUUAUUAUGCUUGGAUUCACCAGGUGUUUGCUGUGUAUGUAUUUGGGGCAUGGGUGGUAUUGGCAAGACCACCCUUGCUGAUACUGUAUUUCACAGGCAGAGGCAGUCCUCUAAAUUUGAAGUUUGUUGUUUUCUUGCAAAUGUCAGGGAGAAAUCAGAAAAGACGGAUGGACUACAUCAGUUGCGAAAUAAACUUGUUGGUGAGAUAUUAAAGCAAAGAGAUGUAAAUAUCGACACUCCGUCUAUACCACCUCAUAUUCAAGAUAGGCUCAGGCGUACAAAGGCGCUCAUUGUUCUUGAUGAUGUGAAUGCUCGAAAACAACUAGAAUAUCUUGUUGGUGAUGAUGAUCGGUUUUGCCAAGGAAGUCGAAUCAUUAUAACUGCUAGAGAUAAAGGCCUACUUGAGCAAAAAGUUGACCCUGAAAAGAUAUACGAUGUUGUGGGAUUAGAUUCUGAUGAAGCUCUUGAGCUCUUUCAUUCGCAUGCUUUUGGAAAUAAGUCUCCGACAACAGAUUACACUGAGUUGUCAAGAGAGGUGGUGGAUUAUAUUAAGGGCAUUCCAUUAGCUCUUAAAGUUAUGGGGUCCUCAUUCCGUCGUUGCAAGAGCAAACAAGAGUGGGAAGUUCAAUGGAAAAAAGUGAAACAAUUUCCAAACGAAGAAAUCGAUCAAGUGUUGAGAAUAAGUUACGAUGGAUUAGAAAAAAAUGAGAAGGAGAUAUUUCUUGAUAUGGCAUGUUUUCAUAAAGGCCAUGAGAGGAAAUAUGUAGAAAGAAUGUUAGAUAGUUGUGGUUUCUUUGGGGAAACAGGAAUCAAUGAUCUUAUUGAUAGGUCUCUCAUAUCAAUUUCCGAAUGGAACGGCAUAGAGAUGCAUGAUUUGGUGCAAGAAAUGGGUAGGGCAAUUGCUCGAGAACAACGCAGUAGGUUGUUCAAUGAUGAGGAUGUCUAUCAAGUAUUGACAAAUAACCAGAGAGAUGGACAUGUUCAAGCAAUAUCCCUUGACUUGAAAUUUCACUUGCAUAAGAUGGAAAAACUACACUUGAACUUCGAAAAGAUGUAUCAACUGAGAUUCCUAUGUGUCAGGCAUUAUAAUAGUCUUAUGGAAUUUCAAGGUGAUCGCAAUGGUAUUGUUUCUCUUGAUCUUCUUCCCAAUUCUCUUAGAUGUCUUCAGUGGAUGGACAGCGAUCCUUGGAAAUCUUUGCCAUCAAAAUUUUCUACUCCAAAUCUUGUUGAGGGGCAACUUUGGAAUGAAGACCAGAGUCCUGUGAACUUAAAACGGAUCAAUCUUUCUUUCUCCAAACAUCUAAUUGAAGUCCCAAAUCUCUCUCGGAGUCGGAAAAUUGAGCAUAUAAAUCUGAAAGGUUGUCGAAGUUUGGUUGAAAUUCCUUCGUAUUUUCAACAUCUUAGCAAGCUUACUUAUCUUGACCUUAAGGAAUGCACAUCUCUCAAAAAUCUUCCCGAGAUGCCAUGCAAUCUUGAAUUUUUAAAUUUGUCAAUGACAGCAAUAGAGGAAUUGCCUUCAUCAGUUUGGUCUCACGAAAAAAUAUCUCACUUAGAUAUUACAUAUUGUAGAGACCUUAAGAGUCUUCCAAGCAACAGUUGUAAGCUGAAACUCUCGGAUUCUCUUAGUCUACAAGGCUGCCAAUCUCUUUGCGAGUUUUGGGAGCUUCCCACGAAUACAAGAGUGCUAGAUUUGAGUCGUAGAAGCUUUUUGAAAAAUGUUGUGAGUCUCCCAACGAACAUUUGGAAGUUGAAAUCUCUGGAGAGCCUUGAUCUCAAUUGCUGCUUCAAAUUUCAAAACUUCCCUGAAAUCUCGGAGGCUAUGGAACGUCUGGAGUUUCUAAAUUUAUCAGAUACAGCGGUUAAAGAGGUACCCCCAUCAAUUGGAAAUCUAGUUGCGCUUCGAAAAUUAUUCCUGGUUGGGUGCAAUAUACAAGAAAUCCCUGAUGACCUCUUUUGCUUAACCUCAUUACAAGAGUUAGAUAUGAGUUUGAGCAAAAUUAAGAGCAUACCUGCAAGCAUCAAACAAGCUGCUCAACUGUCUCGCCUAUCCCUCGAGGAUUGCAAGAGCCUUGAAUCUUUACCAGAGCUCCCCCCAUUACUGCAACAUCUUGAAGCAAAUGGUUGCACGUCACUGAAGACAGUGUCAAGUUCAAGCACUGCAAUCACACAAGGUUGGGAAGAAUAUAUAUUUUCUAGAGGGCUUCAUGAGAAACACAUAUUUUCUAAUUGCCCAAAGUUGGAUGAGAAUGUACGAAGCAACAUAAUGGGUGAUGCACAGCUCAGAAUUAUGCGAAUGGCAACUGCAUCGUCAAAGUUUAAAGAAGACAAAAUUGAACAACCAUCAUAUGAUUCAGAUAAUAGUGAUGAUUCAGAUAUUAGCUACGAUGACUAUGAGGUCUCU